GUGAGUGAGUGAGUGUGUGUGUGUGUGUGUGUGUGUGUGUUCAGGACUCUCUGUGCUUCACAGUGAGGUGUUGCUGUGUGUCUCCGCUGCAUCUGUCGGGUCAGUUCGGUCAUUAGUCCAGCACAGUGGUGCUGCUGCUCUAAAGUGGACCGGACGCCGCUGCACAUGGCCACGUCUGAGGGUCACGCGCACAUCGUGGAGCUGCUGCUGAAGCACAGCGCACACCGAGGACAUGCUGAAGAUGAGCGCGCUGCACUGGACGUGGAGCACAGCCACAGAGACGUGCUGGAGCUGGUGUUCACGCUGGACAACAGCAGCCACGAGCUGGCCGAGAUCCUGCAGGUGGCCAUGCAGAGCCAGAUCCCCACAAACCCCGAGAGUCCAGACACACUGACCAUCCACACGUCCGCGCCGCAGUUCAUCAUCGGCGGAGGAAUUAUGAACCUCGCCGGAACAGCAGCAAAUCCACAGGUGACCCGACCUGCGUUUAUGAAUGCCCUCCUUUGUCAGACGCACUCGUGACGCACGACAUGAUUGUGUGUUUGCCCUCUGUGCAAUGAAGAAAAUUACCCUGCAGUUAUUUGAACAAACAGCGUCUCAGAGCCGCAUCAAAGCACUGAUUCGACUGUGAAAUAAUCCUGAUGCUGCUGCCGGACGCUUUCUGUUGUUGUUGUGUAGAGUAAGUGUGUUCUGAUGGAGAUGUUGAUCUGAUGAUGGGAUGUCGUCUAACCCUCGUCUCUGACACAGAGGAGCUGAUCACUGCAGACUCCCUCGAUGGGGCCAUACAGCAGGUCAUCACCAUAGUAACAGACAGCAUUCAGCUGGGCAACCUGCAGACGGGCACAGGCAUCAGCCAGCCCAUAAUAGUCACCAUGCCUGAUGGGCAGAAGGGUGAGAGAAACACAUAAGAGAGAGAGAGAGUGUGUGUGU